AUGCCAGCGAUUUGGCGGCCGAACGUGAGUGGGCCGCUCCCGGAUGUGGACGUUGAGGUCGGGGUGACGGAGGACGCGUCGAGCAAGGGGACGAAGCGGAAGAGGGCCCCUUACACGAAGGGGCCAUGCGAGCACGGGGUGAAGUACCGGUCGAAGUGCAAGGUGUGCAGCGCUUGUCCGCACGGUCGUGAGCGCAGAUACUGCAAGGAGUGCGGUGGGUCCUCAAUCUGCGAGCACGGUCGUGUACGCUCUAUAUGCAAGGAGUGCGGUGGGUCUCAAAUCUGCGAGCACGGUCGUGAGCGCUGUAGGUGCAAGGAGUGCGGUGGGCGGGGAAUCUGCGAGCACGGUCGUCAGCGCUAUAGUUGCAAGGAGUGCGGCGGGGGCUCAAUCUGCGAGCACGGUCGUCAGCGGUCUAAGUGCAAGGAGUGCGGUGGGUCUCAAAUCUGCGCGCACGGUCGUGUGCGCUCUCAGUGCAAGGAGUGCGGUGGGGGUGGAAUCUGCGAGCACGGUCGAAUACGCUCUCGGUGCAAGGAGUGCGGUGGGGGCUCAAUCUGCGAGCACGGUCGUCAGCGCUCUCGGUGUAAGGAGUGCGGUGGGGGCUCAUUCUGCGAGCACGGUCGUUUACGCUAUCGGUGCAAGGAGUGUCGCGCCGCGAAUUAAUGA